GCUGUGUUUCCGUUGCUCGCCACGAAGUCUCUGCUUGUGGUCGCUCUGCUGCUCAUUUGGAACAUAGUGGAGGGACAUGAGGACGUCGCUCCAAUACGGCCCAAUAGCAUGGAAGACUUGGGCUAAACACUCAUCGAAGCAGACAGUAUGGCGGUACUUCUCGGGCGCAACCGCCUGUUCGUCUGGUGGCAAGGCCUCGCUCAGCAGUGACACCACCUCGUAUACGGACACCUUGUUUUUACCAAAAUUCAAGCUCGGACAACAUAUGGUUCCAUCCACGUACGCAAGGUUACAGGACCGGACUUGUGAUGCGUUAUACCGGCAGCAGUGGAAACAAGCCGACAACCCGCUUUUCGUCCUGCAUGAUGGUCCACCGUAUGCAAACGGCGACUUACACUUAGGUCAUGCGCUCAACAAGAUCCUAAAGGACAUCAUCAACCGGUAUCAUGUGUUGUUGGGACAUCGCGUACAUUACAUCCCGGGAUGGGACUGUCAUGGGCUACCGAUCGAGAACAAAGUGCUGCAGAAACUGAAAAAAAGCGCGGAGGAAUUGACCCCACAGGCUAUACGAGCAGAAGCGGAGCGAUUUGCCAAAAAAGAAGUUGCCGCGCAGCGAGACCAGUUUCGUCAAUUUGGCAUUAUGGCAGAUUGGUCGCCGGAGUCGACGUAUCGUACAAUGGAUCACGACUACGAGAUGCGGCAAUUAAACAUAUUCAAGACCAUGGUUGAGAAAGGGCUCAUUUACAGGCAACUGCGACCGGUGUACUAUUCGCCAUCCUCACGUACGGCGCUGGCAGAAGGCGAACUGACUUACAACGAGAAGCACCACUCGCACGCAGCCUACGUCGCCUUCGAGUUAGACCCGGAUAGCCCGAACAUGAGCCCUACCCUGAAAGCCCUCGUCAAUGGUCAACGCAAGGCGCGUCUUCUGGUCUGGACAACGACGGCAUGGACGCUGACAGCGAACAUGGGCAUAGCCGUCAAUCCGGAUAUGAUGUACAAGGCCGUAGCCACGAGUGACGACCCCAUUGCUCCCGUAGACAUUUACGCCGUCGAUCGCGAAACAGCAUUGGUGAAGAGCCUGGGGAUGACGUACCCGAACAUCCCUGUGGCUGAGUUUCCAGGGUCACAUCUUGUCGGGGCUACCUACCGUCCAUUGUUUGCCUCACUCAAUGAAGCUGAUCCUGUCAAGUCGUUACCCGUCAUUCCUUCCUCGCACGUUACCCCAGACGCCGGAACAGGUCUCGUACACUAUGCCCCGGCACAUGGUGACGAGGACUACAAUGACUUCCGCUCACUUGGUCUACUGUCGUCGGCGGCGGACACUUCGACAUCAGGUCUACUGUGCCACGUGGACGUGACUGGCUGCUUCAGCGAGAAUAUCGCGGACGUCGUGGGGUCUAAGGCUGCAAAGGAACUGAUCGGGAAGGAAGUCCUGACCAGUGGUAGCAUGGCAAUCGUGGACCUGCUAACGGAAGUUGGUGCUCUGCGGAAGCUGCAACGAAUUAAGCAUAGCUACCCGUAUGACUGGAGAACGGACCAACCCAUUAUCAUCAUUGCAACGUCGCAGUGGUUCGCCAACACCGAUCAGAUUAAGGAUGAUGCGCUCGCAGCCAUAGAGGGCAUCUCAUCCCAUCCCGCAGGCUCACAUAAUCGAUUGGCAAUAGACGUCCGCCAACGCUCAGAAUGGUGCAUUUCGCGGCAGCGUGCGUGGGGCGUACCUAUACUCUCCUUACAUCACAUACCAUCAGGCCGCGCGGUGCUCGACGGAGAGAGCCUCAAGCAUAUCCUCAACAUCCUCCAGGAGAAACGCACCAGCUACUGGUGGGAAGGCCCCGUAGCCGAGUUCGUCCCACCCUCGCUGCGUGACGGUAUGGACGACAAGCAGCUGGAAGAGACCUGGCAUAAAGGUACGGACACAAUGGACGUCUGGUUCGACAGCGGCUCUUCGUGGUCGAUGCUGGAAGGUUUGUACGCGGACGGGACGGUCUCUGUCACUGGCAGGCGAUCUGGCGCAGAUGUUUGCUUAGAGGGAAGAGAUCAGCACCGCGGAUGGUUCCAGAGCCAGCUGCUCACCGCCGUUGCGACUGCCCCAGAUGCAGAGGGGAAGCAACAGGCCCCUUACUCUACCCUCAUCACGCACGGCAUGACUAUCGAUAAGCGCGGGAAGAAGAUGAGCAAGUCGCUGGGGAACGUCAUCAACCCUAUGGACAUCAUCCACGACGGCGCGGAGAAAGGCAAACUCGAGUUUGGCCCGGAAGUGCUCCGACUCUGGGCUGCCAACGUCAAGUUCACCGAAGAUAUGCCAAUCCACCUUGCAGUGCUGCAACAAUGCCGUUCAAUGUACAUGAAGACACGGAAUACAAUGCGCUUCAUCCUCGGCUUGAUGGAGGAUCCGCCUUCCUCUGAGAAGCUCGAACGCGAUCGUCUGGGGCUGCUUGAACGAUACAUUAUGCACGAACUAUGGAAAUUCGAGGAUACUGCUUUGAAGAGCUACGCAAGCUACGAUUUCGCUAGAGUGGUCAGCUCCGUUUCAGAUUUUCUCAUCACCAAGUUGUCGCCUAUCUAUAUAGACGUAAGGAGGGACAGUCUCUACGCAAAUGCAAGGGACAGUCCGGAACGCCGUACAGCAAUUGCGGUACUGGCCCAGGUGCUCGACACGAUGACCAACGUUGUGGCACCCAUUUUGCCUUAUCUCGCCGAGGAGGUUCAUGAGAUCUUCUGUCCUGAUGGUGCCUCCUUCUUCAGCAAGAAUUGGACACCUCUGAGUGCGCAUUGGAAUGAUCCCGAGGUCGACUUGCAGAUGGGACAACUUUUGCACGUGCGCGCGCAAGUUCUGUCUGUCCUAGAGGAGGCUAGGGAGGCGAAACACUUGCGCAGGUCCCCAGAAGCAGACGUCUACCUGACGCUCCCGAAUGAUGUAUCGUCCGAGACUCGUGAUGUCAUUGACUUGAUUCAGAGCCAAGUUAAAAUGCUUGGAGAAAUAUGCGUUGUGUCCAACCUAUCAUUGGAUACACAGCCAUCUCAUCAGCCAGCCUGGCAGUACGUGAGAACGCGAGAACUACCAGGCGGUGGAGAAUUGGGCAUCACCAUCCGCCCAUCUUCCCUGCAUAAAUGUCCUCGCUGCUGGCUGCAUACUAGCGAGGAAGACGGCAUAUUGUGCCGUAGAUGCUCAACAGUCGUUUCGCGUUGAAUUCCAAGUCUGGAUAGCAUAUCUGUCGUCAUUCACAUGGUGUCGUAGCGCUUGUCGUUCUUUUAUGGUCGGCAACGGAGACUA